CUGGAUGAACGCGCGCUGGAACCUUUUAAUUUAAUUGCUAAAUGGAUUAAUUAAUGUAAUUCUUAUUUUUGCCUUGCUGUGUCUUUUAAAGUCAAAGAAGAUGGACUGAACCGAGGCACUCGAUUGAUCUGUGUUUUAUUUGGCAGUGCUUUGCCUUUGUAAUGUUUCUGAAAGAUGUUCACCAAGAGUCACAAUGAGCUGUCAAACCAUUAAUCUGUAAUUUAUUGUGCAUUUUAAAUAGAUUGAACAAGACUGACUAGAAAUAAUAGAGUUUAAUAGAAUAUUUAACUUGUAGAGCAAAAUAUUAUAUGAGCUUAGCUACGGCCGUCUGUCAAUGUCAGGUCACCGCUUUGUUUCGUGUCCAUCGACGUCGUUUACAAAGGUUACGAAGUAGGCCUACAAGUUUCCGUUUUGUUGAACAUGAGAAAAUCUUUUUUCAGACGAGCAAAGGUAUUGCCUUGGAUAAGCAAUGUGACUCUGUACGGAUGCUUGUUCGCCGGUGGGGAUUUCGUGCAUCAGUGCAUGAUCGCGCAGAGAGAUGAAAUGGACUGGAGGCACACGAGAAACGUGGCGAUUGUGGCGAUGAGCUUUCAAGGUAACUUCAAUUACUUCUGGUUGCGAGCCUUAGAACAUCGUUUCCCGGGAAGAUCGGCCAGUAUGAUUUUACGCAAACUGCUUUUGGACCAAACUUUUGCUUCACCUUUGGCGACCAGUGUCUUCUACACAGGUGUGAGUUUCUUGGAGGGCAAAGAGGACAUAUUUGCAGACUGGCGAGAAAAGUUUUUUAAUACAUACAAGACUGGACUAAUGUACUGGCCAUUCAUGCAGUUUCUGAAUUUUGUUCUGUUGCCUCUCUACCUGAGGACGGCAUUCAUGGGCUGUUCAGCAUUCCUGUGGGCCACGUUCUUAUGUUUCUCGCGACAAAGUGGGGAUGGCACAGCAGCAGUGGCCUUAGCUUGGAUCAUGGCCCCCAAAAAACGGUUUCUACCUCGCAGUACCGACGAGGAGAAAUAGAGACACAGUGGCGCAUAUGAAUAACAUUGUGCCUUUGCGGAUGGACAGUUGAGUCCUACAAUGGUACUGUAUCGAGGCUGUGUUGUGUUUAUAAAUCUUGUUGCUUUUGAUCUUAAUAAGAGUGAUAUAAAAUUAACUUAUACGUGUACACCUUAUAUUUAUUUUUAUGUUGAACAACCCAAUUUUACUUUAUAUAGUUUUUUGUUUUAUGUGAUUCAAUUUAUUUAUUUAUUACUGAAGGGAAAUGCAUUGUGUCUUUAAGAAUUUCACUGGGUGGUUUGG